AUGUUGAAUAUCAGACGUUCUAGAAAAACGCGAAGUGGUCCAUCAACAAGGAAUACCUCUAGUUUUUUAAGACCAGAACGUAUUUCACUUGCGGAAUAUUUAGAUACAGAUUCUAAUUUUAUAUCAACUUUGCGACGUAGUCCUCGACGUAAACGAUUCUAUCCGGAUAACAGAUAUGGCAGAUUAAGUGGUGCACGUAGAUAUCAAAUAAAAAAUGUUCCAUUCGACGAAGAAUCUGAAAACGAUGAGGAUGAUGACUAUGUAGAAAAUGACCAUGACAAGUUUCAAAAAAGCACAGAUUUUUUGCAUCAUACAAAUGUUCCUAUCCGUCUGUCAAAGUUCUAUGAUUACGAAUCAUAUGAUAAUGAUGAUGAUAAGGAUAGAGACGAAAAUAGGGAUAUGAGUUAUGACGAUGAUCACAAGCCAACAACUAUUUUAUGGACACUUCCAGAACCAAUUCAACGCAGAAGCGUACGAAAACAAUCACCAACAAAACAUAGGCGAUCUGAAAGUAUCAAACGAUCUACUCGUAGAACGACCGCUUAUAAUAGUCGAAGAAAAUUAAGGUCAACUCGAAUAAGUCACAAGAAUAAAAGGCGUAACGUAAACAAAAAAGUUAUAUCGCACAUACCUCAAGCUAUACCUGUUAGACGUUCGCGCAGAAUCAGUGCAGAGCGAAUUGAUAAAUAA